AUGACGUUGGAAGAAUUAUCCACUGAAGAUUCAAAAUUAGGAAUUGCAGUGUUUGACGAAGACAAUUCUACAGAAAUAGUAAUGGAAGGUACGCAAGAUGAAGAUAAUGUCACCGAAUUCAAGACGGAAAGUAAUGAAAUAGAAAUAAAGAACAACUUCAUGGGGCAUAAAUUACGAAAUAUUAGUCCUGGACAAGAAGGUGUCUUCAAUCAGGAAGCUCAAGCAACCAUAGCAAUAAACCAUUAUUUCCACGCGCUUAAUGAAUGGACCAACAAACAAUAUCUAGAAAUCAUACUAAAUCAAAAUGGAAGAAUGAAUGUUAUUGCAUUACCUGAUUCUGACAGAGAUUGGGAGCCGUAUGUUUUUAUGGAACUAUCUCACUCCAUAAAACAGAGACAACUUGGGCUGACUAAGAUAGCAGAGGCCAUGGCGAGGCAAUGGUUUGGUUACGUUAUAUAUCCUGAGAACUGGCGGCAUCAGUGGGUCAUCAGUGGCAUCGCAACUUAUGCUGCCUACGAUAUCUUACAAGAUUUUUUGAACUACAAAGGCUAUUAUCGCGUGAACUACGACGCCGAUUUAUGGGAAAGGAUAGUUGAAGCGCUCAUCGAUCCUGAACGCAGGGAAGAAAUACAUCCAUUAAACCGUGCUACCUUAGUGGAUGAUGCUUUAAAUUUAGCCCGAGCCAGCAAACUUGAUUAUGGCAUAGCGUUUCAAGUUGUGCUUACUAUGGAACAUGAAACGGAGUAUGCAGUUUGGAAGGCUUUUGUAAGAAAUAUGAACUUUUUGAGGAAACGUCUUGUGGCCCUCGUUGAGGAAAAUGAAGACUUAGAUCCAGAUAUUUAUCUGCGAAUGGUCAGAAGAUCAAUAGAAACUUUUGAAGAUGAGAUCGGAUUUUAUCCGGAACUGAACGCCAUCGAACCCGUGAUGGUGUCUCUAUGUAGAGGCUUAGUAAUGGAUCACGCUUGCAGAGCUAAUUACGAUCCGUGCAUUGCUGCAGCUGUCGACUGGUUCUACGAUCCUAACGACAAUGACGUAGUAAAUCCAAACAUACCCCGAGACAUACGGCCUGCAGUUUAUUGCACAAUGGUUAGAGAAGGAGAUGACGACGUCAUAUCAGCCUUAUAUGAUCGAUUGGAAAUAGAAGCAUCUCAUUACGAACGUGUUGUAAUCUUGGAAUCACUGGCUUGCUCACAAGAUGACGGCUUUAUAAGAACGUUUUUGGAAGAAACAAUUGCAGCGAAUAGCCCAUAUGGCGUAGAAGAAAACGUUAGAAUUUUUAAAGCGAUUGCAGAAAGCAGUAGCGCUAAUGCAAGAUUAGCACUGAACUUCAUAUCUUUGCGAACAAAUGAAAUAAGAAACAUGUACGGUGGCCCUGAGAAACUGGAAGAGAUAAUAUUUACACUAGCUGAUAACAUGGCAAAUGCAAACCUAGCUACAGAUUUCAUCAACUGGGUUGAAUCGAGAAAUAACAAUCUAGGUGAUUCUGAAGAAGCUGCAGAAAGAGCGGCUGAGCUAGUUAAAGAGAAUCUAAAUUGGGAUUCUACUCAUAUGGAUUACGUGUACGAAUGGAUAGAUGAGAAUGACGGAACAACUAUAUUUGUGUCUGCAUUUUUAAUAACUCUUUCGUUAUUCGUUGCUUUAUUUAAUCAC